AUGAAGCUAUCGUUGAAGCUUGUUGCAUUUACACUCCUCUCGCAGGCAUGUGCGAUUACCCUAUCACAACCGGAACAAACUCCCGAACCCAUCCCUUCAUCGUUUGUUUCCUCCAAUUCUCAAGGAUCCACACAAUACUUGGAGAAACGUAUGAGAGAGAUCAUCAUAAACAAAGACUAUGCUGCUAAGCAGGCCAAGAAAACAGCUACAUCCUCUUCGAGUGAAACUCCACCUCCAAAUUGGGUAAGAACUGUCAAUGGUGUUCCAGAAAUUGUUCGUCCUCAAAUCAUUGCCGGUGUUACAAUUAGUGCCAAGCCCCCUCAGACUACAGAUGGUUUGGAAGUUUGGGUGUCUUUGAAAAAUGACGGAUCUCCAAAAAUAAUCAAGCCAGAGAUCAAGAAUGGAAGAACCAAGAAUGGACGCCCAAACUAUAGCACUUAUUUCCAAACAGCCACCACCAUGACUUAUAAUAAGGAACAAUUGAAAGCACACAAUAUGAAGGACGAUGAGAUCUUUACUGAGGUGCAAUACAUUGAGGAAGCCGACUUGGAGGACCAUUUGCUUAAUCCAAUCAUUAGGUGUACCCCCGAACGUUACCAGAAGAAGGGCAUCGGUAGAGAUAAGUCAACUGAACCCUUUUGUACACCAAAGGAUGAUGUAAGAUUGGUUAUGGACAAAACAUACUUUAUAACAUGGUACUCAAGAUUCUUUGACCCAGAGGUUGAAAAGGUAAGAAUUCUUUUCAGCAACAUCAAGGAAAGUUUUAGACAAAAGGGGUUGAAGAAAAGAGAUUUUGGUGAAGCGGGACAGGAUGUUUCUGGUGGCCAUAAGGAUAAUGAUAAUGAUAAUGAGGAGAAUGAAGAGGAGGGAACGGAUGUCAUUGAUUACACUCCAUUUGAUAAAAGGUCAAAAGUGUUGGAACAUGGUGGAAAAGUCCAAAAUUCGUUUUACGCGUCUGACUGGGUUCGCAACGAGGAUGGUAUGUUGCCAGUGACAAUUUUAGAAGAGUGGAUAGGGAACGAUGUUUACGAAAAAAAGGUGUUGAUUUCUAUUCAGCCAGACAACAUCCCAGACGACGAAUUCAAUGUGUUGGAAAACUCAAUUGUGGUGGAAUUCUGGAAAGGUUCCAAAGUGGGUAAAGAGGAUUUGCUUGAUCUUAAAAAAUUGGAAGAAAAAUAUGCAAACAGGCACAUGCAAAUUGAAGUUGAAGAAGGCAUUGAUUAUGAGAAAUACAUUGUAAUGAUCACACUUCCCAUGUGUGUUGUUAUUGCUGCUUUUGGUAUGUGGCUUUUUGUCACUAUAAAUAGAGUCGAUUUAAGCCAUUUGAAGAAGAAGAAGUUUGCUAGGGAAAAGACAACACACAGAAGAAUUCCAUUUGUUCUGAAAAAGAACAAGUAUGAAAGUUUGCCCUUGAAUAGUGCAGAUUUGAGCGGAACAAAGACCGAUUAG